AUGAUGCAGCAAGAUCAUCGUAAGAAGAAUAAUCUGGAGAUGGAGUUCUUCUCUGACUAUGGCGAUGCCAACAGGUUUAAGAUUAUAGAAGUAAUUGGGAAAGGAAGUUAUGGAGUUGUUUGCUCAGCGAUAGACACACUUACGGGUGAGAAAGUGGCGAUAAAGAAGAUACAUGACAUAUUUGAGCAUAUAUCUGAUGCUGCGAGGAUUCUGCGGGAGAUAAAGCUGCUCAGGCUCCUGAGGCAUCCGGAUAUAGUUGAGAUUAAGCACAUUAUGCUUCCUCCUUCACGAAGAGAAUUCAAAGAUAUUUAUGUUGUGUUUGAGCUCAUGGAAUCGGAUCUUCAUCAAGUUAUUAAAGCCAAUGAUGAUUUGACCAGAGAGCAUUACCAGUUUUUCCUUUAUCAGUUACUGCGUGCACUCAAGUACAUUCACACAGCUAACGUCUACCACAGAGAUCUGAAACCAAAGAACAUAUUGGCAAAUGCAAACUGUAAACUUAAGAUUUGUGAUUUCGGAUUGGCAAGAGUUGCAUUCAAUGAUACUCCUACUACAAUCUUCUGGACGGACUAUGUUGCUACAAGAUGGUAUAGAGCUCCAGAGCUUUGUGGAUCGUUUUACUCUAAGUAUACACCAGCAAUUGACAUCUGGAGUAUAGGCUGUAUUUUUGCGGAGGUAUUGAUGGGAAAGCCACUUUUCCCUGGAAAGAAUGUAGUUCACCAGCUGGAUCUUAUGACUGAUCUGCUAGGGACACCUUCCCUGGACACCAUCUCUCGGGUGAGAAACGAGAAGGCAAGGAGGUACUUGACAAGCAUGAGGAAAAAACCACCCAUUCCGUUCUCUCAGAAGUUUCCAAACGCGGAUCCUUUGUCUUUGAAGUUGUUGGAGAGGCUUCUUGCUUUUGAUCCAAAAGACCGGCCAACUGCUGAAGAGGCUCUUGCCGAUCCAUAUUUUAAGGGAUUGGCAAAAGUGGAAAGGGAGCCUUCGUGUCAGCCCAUCACGAAGAUGGAAUUUGAGUUCGAGAGAAGAAAGGUCACUAAAGAAGAUAUCAGAGAGCUGAUUUCCAGAGAGAUCCUUGAAUACCAUCCUCAGCUGCUCAAAGAUUACAUGAGCGGUGCUGAUAAAGCCAGUUUUGUCUACCCAAGUGCUGUUGAUCAAUUUAGGAGACAGUUUGCGCAUCUUGAGGAAAACAGUGGCAAAACCAGCCCUGUGGCACCUCUAGAAAGGAAACAUGCCUCUCUUCCCAGAUCAACAGUCAUACACUCAACCUCAGUUGCAAGAGGAGGACAGCCGAAAUUCACGAAUAACACAAACACAUCGAGCCCUGAAGCUACUCAAAACAUUCCUCUUAAUCAACAUGCAACAUCACAAGCACCUCAAAGAAAUCUCUCAGCCGCCAAACCAAGCGCGUUCAUGGGCCCUGUAGCGCCUUUUGACAACGGUAGAAUCAGCAGAGAUGCGUAUGACCCGAGAUCAUUCAUCCGGAGCACUAAUCUCCCGUUUGCACAACAGGCAGCAGCAGCAGCAGCCAUGGGAAAGCAACAAGAGAGAAGAACAACAAUGGAGUCUGAGAAGCAGGCAAGGCAAAUGUCUCAGUGUAAUAAUAGAUACGCACCAGACGUAGCCAUCAACAUAGAUAACAACCCGUUUAUCAUGGCCCGAACCGGAAUGAACAAAGCCGACAACAUCAGUGACCGGAUCAUAAUCGACACAAAUCUUUUACAGGCAACAGCCGGGAUUGGAGUUGCAGCGGCGGCUGCAGCUGCUGCUCCUGGUGGUUCUGCUCACCGGAAAGUUGGAGCUGUUCGGUAUGGUAUGUCGAAGAUGUACUAG